CGAAAGGCGGUCUUGUCCGCAGUCUCCUUGUUUGUAUAUUUUGACCACAAAAGGCGUUCUGGGCAGGUGUUCCCCAAAGUCCGCCAAACCCCUGAACCCGGAGGCAGCUGUCAUCGUGAUGCGCUCUGCCGGCAGUCGCUGGCUGCCGCGGAUUUGUGAGGUGUGAUUGAAAGCAGGCGGAGGGAGGAGCGCGGCUGGAGCCGCUGUCGUUUUUUUUUUCCUGCCCAGAGCUAGCUGGUUUGCAGCGGAGGUGACUCACCGGGACGAAGUGAAGCGCGAGAGGGUAGCCGUCAGGAUGGACUGGACGGGAGUGGAGUCCCUCUAAAAUGAAUGGGCUCCGAAGGCCCGCUUUGUGCUGAGAUGGAAUGGUGCAGACUGGCGGACAGCAGAGCCUGAAGACACGCAGCGCCAUGGAGAUACACCCCAUAUGCACAAAGCUGUGCCAUCAUAAGCCCCAUGAUCUAAAGGAUGAUGUAUCUGAGAAGCAGUGUCCUGUCACAGUGAAUCCACGUCACAUGAAAAAAGCCUUUAGAGUGAUGAAUGAGCUACGCAGUCAGAAACUUUUGUGUGACGUGACAAUUGUUGCAGAAGAUGUGGAGAUUGCAGCACAUAGAGUGGUCUUGGCUGCUUGUAGCCCUUACUUCCAUGCCAUGUUUACAGGUGAGAUGAGUGAGAGCAAAGCCAAACGUGUCCGAAUUAAGGAAAUGGACGGUUGGACCCUGGGAAUUCUCAUUGACUAUGUCUAUACUGCUGAAAUACAGGUCACAGAGGAGAAUGUACAGGUGUUGCUUCCAGCAGCUGGACUCUUGCAGCUCCAGGAUGUGAAAAAGGCAUGUUGUGAAUUCUUGGAGUCUCAGCUUCACCCCACCAACUGCUUAGGGAUUCGGGCCUUUGCUGACAUGCAUGCAUGCACAGAGCUACUGAACCAAGCCAACACAUUUGCAGAGCAACACUUUGCUGAUGUAGUACAAGGUGAAGAAUUUCUGAACUUGGGAAUAGAGCAAGUUUGCAGUCUCAUAGCCAGUGACAAGCUUACAGUACCAUCAGAGGAAAAGGUGUUUGAAGCGGUUAUUGCCUGGGUAAAUCAUGACAAAGAUGUACGACAAGAGCAUAUGGCUCAUCUCAUGGAGCAUGUGAGGCUGCCUCUGCUCUCCAGAGAAUAUCUGGUACAGCGAGUAGAAGAAGAAUCCCUUGUUAAAAACAGCAGUGCAUGUAAAGAUUAUCUUAUUGAAGCUAUGAAAUAUCACCUUCUUCCUGCUGAACAGAGGGCUAUGAUGAAAACUAUUAGAACCAGAAUGAGGACGCCUGUCAGUCUUCCAAAGGUAAUGGUAGUAGUUGGAGGACAGGCUCCCAAAGCUAUCCGAAGUGUUGAGUGCUACGAUUUCAAGGAAGAGAAAUGGUACCAAGUGGCAGAGUUGCCCUCCAGAAGAUGCAGAGCAGGUGUUGUGUAUAUGAGUGGUCUUGUCUAUGCAGUUGGAGGAUUUAAUGGCUCGUUAAGAGUACGCACAGUAGACUGUUAUGAUCCUGUCAAAGACCAGUGGUUAUGUGUGGCCAGUAUGCAGGACAGAAGAAGCACUUUGGGAGCAGCAGUAUUAAACGGUCUUCUCUAUGCUGUUGGAGGUUUUGAUGGCAGCACAGGUUUAUCAUCUGUCGAAGCAUACAACACUAAGACAAAUGAAUGGUUUCACGUUGUUCCAAUGAACACCAGGCGGAGCAGCGUAGGAGUUGGUGUUGUCGGAGGGCUACUAUAUGCAGUAGGUGGAUAUGAUGGUGCUUCCCGGCAAUGUCUUAGCACAGUAGAGGCAUACAACCCUAAUACCAAUGAAUGGAAUUAUGUGGCUGAGAUGAGCACACGCCGAAGUGGGGCAGGUGUUGGGGUUUUAAAAGGUUUGCUGUAUGCUGUUGGUGGUCAUGAUGGCCCCUUAGUGAGAAAGAGCUGUGAAGUUUAUGACCCUGCCACAAACUCUUGGAAGCAAGUCGCCGACAUGAAUAUGUGUAGAAGAAAUGCGGGUGUCUGUGCAAUAAACAGUCUUCUGUAUGUAGUUGGAGGGGAUGAUGGAUCUUGUAACCUGUCUUCUGUGGAACAUUAUAAUCCAGUGACUGAUAAGUGGACCCUAUUGCCUUCAUGCAUGAGCACAGGAAGGAGUUAUGCAGGUGUUACUGUAAUCGACAAGCCAUUAUGACUAGGCAUUGAUUUACUGCUAUUGUGAAUCUGAAGCUAUCUGGCGGCUGCAUCUUCAGUGAGCUGCAUUGUUCUCCAGCAGCGCAGAAGAAGACGACACUGUCUUAAAACGUCAGAUGAGGAGCUAUGAUGCUGCAAGAUAUUGCACUUAAAAGGAGCACUAUUUGGGAUCAAAUUUAGCACAGACAUUUACUUUGCUUGAAGAGAAUCCUGUUUAGUUUGAAAGGAAAUUGAGGUAUAAGGAAUUAAAAGAAAAACACUAAAAGACGAAACAAGGCAUUGUGACGAGCCGGCGCAGAUUUAAUUUAUGAAAGAGGAUCACUUACAGAAAAUUUUAAGGGUUGAGAUAUUAAACCAUCAAGGGACAUAACCAUGUUAAUAAACAUUCGGUGGACUGCUUUGUGUCAGUAUUUAUAGUCAAACGAAGCCAGUUUGUGUGGUUUCAUGGAUAACGUUUUGCCAUUGCAAGUUGCUCUGUCCAAAUUCUGGACUUUUUUUGAUUAAGAGUUGCUCGGUAAUAUUAAUAAUGUCAUCUGUCUAUCCUGUAUAAAUAAUGUAUUUUUAUUUGUAGUUAUUUAAAGUUUGCCUAUCCUUAAAGCCACUUGUACAGCAAAAAUAACAGAAACAGCACACUCCAGAUCGAACUAAUGCCAAAACUGUCCAGAAAGGCAGUUCAGUGUUUGCAUUUUUAUACUUAUUUAUUUCAAACCGUUCAAGUCUUUUCCAGGUUUUGAUGCACUCCUUUCUUUUAGGUAAUGAGAAUGAUAAUGGCAUGAAUUAUGCUGCAGAUUUAACUUGGUUGUCGGGAUUUGAUACAAAUCUGCAUGUCUUAUAACGGCCAAUUCAUUUUAGCUGCUGAUUUUAAACUACUGUAAUAUGAGUGAAAAAUGAAUGUGAUGUAGAAAAAAAAAAUUAAAAACAAAAAAAGGUGCAGAUUUGAAUCUUUUCUGAAAAAUGACCAAAGUUUUCUUUAAUCUCCACUACCAAUUUCCAUUCAAGACUUCUUUUUCUGAUUUCUUCCAUUAUUAUUAUUGUUAUUAUUAUUAUUAUUGCAAAAGUGUCAAGAAUGUUGUGAAAUGCUCUAUAAACCAAUGUUUUUUUUAAAAAAUAAAUAUGCUUCUUGUACUUCA